AUGGCAUUGACGACAAAGGAGCAGGAUGCUAUCCUCAAAUCAUGCAUCACCAAUAUCAAGCACCAAUCCAAUCUCAUGCAAAAUGAUUUAAACGAAAACAAGCUACUCCCAGCAUUGAAGCAUUGCUCCAAUUUACUCAACGAAUUACGAGUUAAUCAAUUGACACCCAAGCAGUAUUAUGAGAUGUAUAUGAUGGUGUUUGAUUCAUUGGAGAUUCUUAGUGAAUACUUGAUUAGUAGUUAUAAUGCCAGAUUGAAAAGAAGAAUCCGCGGAGACACUGGUAGUGAUGCCAAGGCAAACAAUGAUGGCAAUGAGAGAAAUAACAGUGGUGGUAACAGUAGCAGUAGCAGCAACAGCAGCAGCAGCAGCAACAACAGUACCAUUUCAAACGAUAACGGACAAUUCCUUGGUAAAGGUAAAUCCAAAGCGAACCAUACCUCUACAACUGCUUCUGUUGCCACGUCUGCGUUUCUAGCAGAUUUAUACGAAAUUGUCCAGUAUUCAGGAAACAUUAUCCCUCGGUUAUACAUGAUGAUUGUGAUUGGUACAACGUAUAUGAGCACAGGAGGUGCACCAUCAAAAGACUUGAUGAAAGAUAUGGUUGAAAUGUGUCAUGGAGUACAACACCCCAUUAGAGGCUUAUUCCUACGCUACUACUUAUCUCAACGGACCAAGAACUUGCUUCCCUACGAGACUCGAGUUGACUUUAACGAGACUGUUAAUUUUCUCAUUACCAACUUUAUCGAAAUGAAUAAAUUAUGGGUAAGGUUGCAGCACCAGGGACAUUCUUCUGAGAGGGAGUUGCGCUAUCGCGAGAGGAAAGAAAUCAAAAUUCUUGUCGGAUCCAAUUUGGUAAGAUUAAGUGAGGUUUUAGAUGAUUAUAAAGGUUCAAGUAUUGAUGAAAAUUAUUCGUCUGUGGAAUUUUACAAGAAUAUGGUAUUUCCAGCAAUCACGGAACAGAUUAUACAAUGUAAAGACCAUUUGGCACAAACGUACUUGAUUGAUGUUAUAAUCCAGGUGUUUCCUGACGAGUAUCAUUUUGCCACGUUGGAGACAAUGCUCAAUCAGGUGUUUUUGAGUUUGCAUCCAUUACUCGAUAAAAGUGAGUUGGUGCAUACUUUGAUUGAAAAAUUCACCACAUACCACAAGUUUAAUGAUAAUGUUUCCAGCUUGUCAAUUGCCGGCAGCAAAGGAGAUAGCCAUAGUGAGGAUCACAUCAGUAUUGAAGGAGAAGUAUUAUUCAAAAGAUUUUGGUCCUUCUACUUGAAAUUGAAUGAAGUCGAUCCUGAUUUGCCACCAGAAGAACAUACCAAGCUCUUGCAAUCUAUUAUCGACUUGUCAUUAUCUUUCAACCCAAACAACUUGAGUGUUUUGGAUACCGUGUAUGAAUUUGCUGCGCAAAAAUUGACAACUUCAGAGCCAAAUGAAGAGCAACGAGAAAUGUUGCUCCAAUUGCUCUUAGUAUCGAUCAAUCAUUUCACCACAAUUAAAACCAUCUUUACAUUUAAAAAUUUCUACCAAUUUUAUGGAAAAAUUAAUGACGAGAAUACCAAGAGGCAGAUUAGUUUGGCGAUUAUCGACAAAAUAUUGCAAGUUCAUAAUGGUUAUGAGGAUGUCAAUGAUGAGAAUGAUUACUACUAUACAACAACGUCUGAAAUUGACGGAAUAUUCAAGUACGUUACAGUUUUGUCUAAACAAAAUACGGGCAAGUUGGAUACAGCAAAAGAUUUAGGAAUCACAGAGACUAUCAAAAUCAACAAUGAAACCAAGUUGAUAACACCCGAGUACCUCGAAACCCAAGAAAAAGUGUGCAAGUUGAUCCAAUUAGUCAAUGACCCUCAAGAUGCUCAAAAGAGUGUUUUGAAUUUAUUGUAUUUAAGGAAAAAGUAUUUGAGCGGCAAUUUUGAGAGUAUAGUUUAUACUUAUCCAACUGUCAUAUCCAAAGUUCUUUUUAAGUUGAAAUUGUUAGGAUAUGCCAAAUUAAAGCUCGGAUCAAGGAGCAAAGAUAAAAAGGAAUCACUUCAAAGAUUUUUAGUGUCCAACUUUAAGAACUUGUCUGUAAUUCUUGAUGAAUUGUAUCAGGUGCACCACGAAAACCAUUCAACACUCAUAUUAAACUUGUAUUUACAAUUGGCCUCCGUUGCCGACCAAAUAAAAUUGCAGUCUCUUACGUUUGAGUUGUUUAACCAAUGCUUUGUUGUUUAUGAGGAGAAUUUGUUACUUUCUUCGCAUCAGUACAAGCCAUUUAAUGAGAUCACUCCAUAUGACUCAUUGGCCAAUGGCUCUGUUGCUUAUCGAUCUAUUUCGAGUAUUGCAAAUGCUUUAUUCAGGGUAAGAAAUAUAAGUCGAGAAAACUAUGAGAUAUUGAUUACAAAGGUAACAUUAUAUGGUAGCAAAUUGUCUAAAAAGCAAGAUCAAUGCCGAGCUAUUUUUUCUUGUGCCAAUUUAUGGUGGUGGACAGAACAAUUACUACCAUCUACGGAUACAUCUCCCAUUGUGAAUGAAAAUAAAGAAGAGACUGAGAAUACCAAAAUUGAGAAACACAAAAACGAUAGCCAAGGCAACAGCAAAGACAAUAAAACUAGUAAUGAGAACGUCCACGGAAAAGAUGUUGAUCGAGAUAAUGAAGGGACCGAGGAUGUUACCGAGAAGCUUUACAGAGAUCAGAAACGAGUAUUGGAAUGCUUGCAGCGCGCUCUCAAGAUUGCUGACUCGAGUAUGGAUCCUUUUCUUUCACUUAAUUUAUUUAUUGAGAUAUUAAACCGUUGCCUUGUGUUUAAUCUAUACGGCAACACAAGUGUGGAUAAUCGGUAUAUCAAUGGUGUGAUUAGUUUGAUUAGGACAAACAUUGAUGACUUAAAAGGUGAUACUGAUAUUGAUGCUUACGCUAACGAGACAAGUGACUUUGGCAUCCAAAACAAUGCUAAUUCAACUAAUGACAAAGAGACUAAGAUCUUGAGCGAGAUACAAAAACAAUUUAAAGCAACAUUACAAUACAUCGGAGAGCAACAGGAAUCAGAGAAUAGGUUUCCGGGUGUAUUUGCAUAG